GACAGAAAGUAUGUCCAAUACCUUAUAACCUUAAUGACAGAAAAUAUGCUAGAUAUAUGUGCUCAAUACAAAUACAAUGGCAUGGGAUCAACUAAUCAAUAUGUGUUUCCCUCACAUUCUGCCAGAACUUGUCAUAGCAUACCCAACUGCACAGUGAUCAAUCACAAUAACAAUGGCUGCUUGCUUGAGUACAAUGGUACCUAGCUUUUAGCAUAGGUCAAUGCCCCAUUGAAAAACAAUGCAUUGCACGUUGUAUGUGACAAUGUUUCUAUGCUCUCAAUAGAAUCUACCUCAUUGGUCGUAAGUAUCAAAAGUAGUCAAUACCGUCCAGUGAAUAUCAAAUAAUUAUAAACUCGUGCCAUUUUUUUCGUAAGCAUUCAAGAACAAAUAGACAAGAUUACAUCAAAAUAGGCAAUUUAUAUUCAUUCAUCUUAACCAAUGAACCUGAUUUGCAUAUGCAAUUAAGAUGCAUAGAAUUAUUAGAAUACUUCAAAUAAAAAUCCCCAUGUCAGUAGAACCAAUUGCAUGCUAUAAAUCUGGUUAUUAUAA